AUGGCGGCGGCAGCGGCGGCGGCGGGUCGUCUAGGCUGGUUGCUCGCCGCGCUGUGCCUGGGCAACGCCGCCGGGGAGGCGGCGUCGGGCCCGCGAGUGUUGGGCGUCUGUCUGGAGGAGGACGGAGCUGCGGACGCGGGGUGGGAGCGCGGAGGAGAGGUGCGGGCCGCACCGGAGGCCACCUUCCGCCUGCGCCUCUUCGGCUCCGGUUUGGCCAACAGCUCCUGGUCCUGGGUGGCCCCCGAGGGGGCGGGCUGCCCCGAGGGCGGGCCGGCCGCGGCGCCCGAGGAGGCGGCGGCCCCCACGGGCGAGUGGCGCGCACUCGCGCUGCUGCGCCUGCGCGCCGAGGCCGUGCGCCCGCAUUCGGCGCUACUCGCCUUGCGCGUGGAGCCAGGCGGCUCGGCAGCCGAGGAGGCGGCGCCGCCCUGGGCGCUGGGCCUGGGGGCGGCGGGGCUGCUGGCGCUGGCGGCGCUGGCGCGGGGCCUUCAGCUAAGCGCGCUGGCGCUGGCGCCCGCCGAGGUGCAGGUGCUGCGCGAGAGCGGCUCGGAGGCCGAGCGCGCCGCGGCGCGGCGCCUAGAGCCCGCGCGGCGCUGGGCCGGCUGCGCCCUGGGCGCGCUGUUGCUACUGGCCAGCCUGGCGCAGGCGGCGCUGGCGGUGCUGCUGUACCGCGCGGCCGGCCAGCGCGCCGUGCCCGCCGUGCUGGGCAGCGCGGGGCUCGUGUUCCUGGUGGGCGAGGUGGUACCGGCUGCCGUGAGCGGGCGCUGGGCGUUGGCGCUGGCGCCGCGCGCGCUGCUCCUCAGCCGCCUGGCCGUGCUGCUGACCCUGCCGGUGGCGCUGCCCGUGGGCCAGUUGCUGGAGCUGGCGGCGCGGCCCGGGCGGCUGCGCGAGCGUGUGCUGGAGCUGGCCCGCGGCGGCGGCGACCCCUACAGCGAUCUCAGCAAGGGCGUGCUGCGCUGCCGGACCGUGGAGGACGUGCUCACGCCGCUCGAGGACUGCUUCAUGCUGGACGCCAGCGCCGUGCUGGACUUCGGCGUCCUGGCCAGCAUCAUGCAGAGCGGCCACACGCGCAUCCCAGUGUACGAGGAGGAGCGCUCCAACAUCGUGGACAUGCUCUACCUCAAGGACUUGGCCUUCGUGGAUCCCGAAGACUGCACGCCGCUCAGCACCAUCACCCGCUUCUACAACCAUCCGCUCCACUUUGUCUUCAACGACACCAAGCUGGACGCUGUUCUGGAGGAGUUCAAACGAGGGAAGUCCCACCUGGCCAUCGUGCAGAAGGUGAACAACGAGGGUGAAGGUGACCCCUUCUACGAGGUACUGGGCCUGGUCACCCUGGAGGACGUCAUUGAGGAGAUCAUCAAGUCGGAGAUCCUGGACGAGUCUGAGGACUACCGAGAUGCCGCCGUGCGGAAGAAGCCUGCUCCUCUGAGUGCCCCUCUCAGGCCGAAAGAGGAAUUCUCCCUGUUCAAGGUGUCUGACGAUGAACAUAAAGUGAAAAUCUCGCCUCAGCUGCUCUUGGCCACCCAGCGCUUCCUGUCCCGAGAGGUGGAUGUAUUCAGCCCCCUGCGAAUCUCCGAGAAGGUCCUGCUGCACCUGCUGAAGCAUCCCAGCGUCAACCAGGAAGUGAGGUUUGACGAGAGCAACCGUCUGGCUGCACACCAUUACCUGUACCAGCGCAGCCAGCCGGUGGACUAUUUCAUUCUCAUCCUGCAGGGCAGGGUUGAGGUGGAGAUCGGGAAAGAGGGCCUGAAGUUCGAGAAUGGGGCCUUCACCUACUAUGGAGUGUCUGCCCUGACAGCACCAUCCUCAGUUCACCAGUCCCCAGUGUCCUCGCUCCAGUCCAUCCGCCAUGACCUGCAGCCCGAGCCAGCCGAUGGUGCCCGCUUGUGUGCGUACUGUCCUGACUACACCGUGAGGGCCCUCUCCGACCUGCAGCUCAUUAAGGUCACGCGGCUGCAGUACCUCAACGCGCUCCUGGCCACUCGAGCUCAGAACCUGCCCCAGUCCCCGGAGAACGCAGACCUCCAGGUCAUCCCAGGCAGCCAGACCAGGCUCCUCGGUGACAAGACAGCCACAGCGGCAGGGCCCAACCACAGCAGACCCGGCCUCCCAGCGGAGGAGAGCCCUGGGCGGAACCCAGGGGUUUAA